AAUAUUAAAUAUUAUAAAUUUACAGUUCCGAAUUGUAAUUUAAAAUGAUUAUAUUUAAUCGUUUUAUACGACAAUUUAUUACUAUAAAUUCUGUAAGGUUAAGUUUUAACCAGCAAUGUUGUAAACAUUUUCGUUGUAUGUCUACAAAUCAUGAUUUUCAAUCUAAAGAAUUUCGAAAAAAAACAGAGAAUUUUACAUUUAAUACUGAACCAAAUGCUGAUGCUGAUUCUGAUGUUUUUGGAACAUUAAUUGAUAAUGUCGAAACUAAUGAUAAAUUAGAUAUUUUACCCCUAGAAGCAGAUGAUAAAAUACAAUAUGACAAAGAUGAACAGCAUAAAAGAUUAUAUAUUACUGAGUACCAUAAAAUAAUUCAAGAACUUAUUAAACAACAUAAAAUUGCAGAAGCAAUAGAUGUACUUGAAACAAGAAUGUUAAAAGAUGAUAAAGCCAAACCAGAUUAUUAUGUAUAUAAUCUAUUAAUCGGUACUUGUGGUAAAGUUGGAUAUGUUCAAAAAGCUUUUAAAUUAUUUAACCAGAUGAAAAAAAGUGGUAUAAAAACUACACCAGCUACAUAUACAUGUUUAUUUAAUGCAUGUGCCAAUUCUCCAUAUAAGGAUGAUGCAUUAAAAAGAGCGAAACAAUUAUACAAUCUAAUGAGCUUGAAAUCAAUUGAACCUAACCUUUUUAAUUACCAUUCAAUGAUUAAAGCUUUUGGGAGAACUGGAGAUUUAUUGACAGCAUUUUCUUUGGUUGAUGAAAUGUUGAAAAAAAAAUUCAAACUAAAAGAUGAAACUUUCAAUUUCCUCUUACAAGCUUGCAUAUCAGAUAAAGAAGCUGGUUUUCGACAUGCUCUACUUGUUUGGAGAAAAAUGAUUUCCAAGCAUGUACGACCAUCACUUUAUACUUACAAUCUUCUAUUAAAAUGCACUCGAGAAUGUGGUCUUGGGGAUGAAUUUGAGACACGUAAAAUUAUUGGCCAAAUCAUUGAUAAUCCUAAUUUAUUAAAAAUUGAAUCUAAGUUCGAAGAAUCUAAUUCAAAUACUUCAGAAAAUAAUAAAUUCAAUACAUCAUUUAUAUUAAAUGGUAAUAAAAAUAAUUUGUCUAUUAUUGAAAACAGACCUAAUCUUUUAGAUGUCAAACCAUACUUUGGUGAUAUUAUUGGUGUAUCUGAAAUACAAACUCCUGAAGAAAGAUUGUUGUUAUUAGGUGGUUGUUCAGGAUUCUUAAAAAACAUGAAGAUUAAUAAGAUAAAGCCAGAUAUUAAAGUAUUUACUCAACUUUUAGAAUCUAUACCAUCAACUUUAGUAGCUGAAAAAAAUCUACUAAAUGAAAUGCACAAAACCUCAGUUGCAAUUGAUAUUGAUUUUUGCAACAUUCUCAUUAAAAAGCGAAGUCUUCGAUUUGACUAUGCAGAAGCAAAGAAUGUAUUAGAUUUAAUUAAAUCAGAAAAUUUGAGUGUGAAUAUUGUUACUUUUGGUGUCCUUGCAUUGGGCUGUAAGAAUAAAAAUGAAUCUAAAGAUCUCAUAAAACUUAUUGCUGAAUAUGGAUUUCGAGUGAAUGCAGAAAUAUUAGGUACAAUGUUGGCACAAGCAUGUUAUCAUUUCAACUUUUCCUAUGUAAUAUAUGUUAUGAAUAUGGUCAAAUAUGAAGAAAUCAAACCCAAUAAAAUGUUCAUGGACCGUUUAAAUCGUUUCCAUGAUAAUAUUAAAGACUUAAUGAAAAAACGACAAAAUCAAGAAAAAGAUGUUCCAAAUUUCAUUUAUAGUUAUUAUUUCAAAGAAGGGUUUAGAAAAUAUCAGAAUUUUUAUAAAAAAUGGAUUUUAGAAGUAACUGUUGAAGAAGAACUACACCCUUGGGACCAAUUCAAAAAUCAUAAAAAAAAAAAUUAAUCAUUUACAUAAUCAUUUGAUUUUAUGUUUUACAGUAACUAAUACUAUUUAAAUAUGUUUAUUCAUGUGGUUAAGUCAUAUUAUUCAUGCUAUAUAAAAUAUAUAAUACUUAUUUUUUAUUA